AUAGAGAGAGAGAGUGAGAAAGGAAGGAGAGAGAAUGAGCAUGGAGGAGGCAGAGUACCACUCAAAGGAUUUUGAAUGGGACGAACUAAGGCAAGAGAUCGAAACUGAUCCAUCUAUGCGCUUUCACAUGCUUCCUCAACUUGAUAAUAACUCUACUUACACGAAUUCCUCAUCUGAUUGUUCUUCUCCUUCGGAGGAAUCGGAGGCGUGGAACAUUUUUCACGCUCGUCACGCCACUGGAAAGUUCUUCAAGGAGAGAAGAUAUCUGUUAAAGGAAUUUCCUGAACUGAUGUCGUCUGAUGAACAGCUGAAUGUUUUGGAAGUUGGUUGUGGCAAUGGAAGUACUGCUCUACCAAUAUUAAGCGGAAACAAAAGCAUCAGCGUAUAUGCUUGCGACUGCAGUAGCGAGGCUCUUGAGAGAGCAAAAGAAGUGAUAGAAGAUUCUUCUGCCGGUUCACUUACAAAUCGUUUUCACCCAUUCAUCUGGGACUUCUCCAUGAAUAAUCGAUUUCCCAGUUGCCUGCCUUCUCCAGUUGAUUUUGUUACAUUGAUAUUCACUCUAUCAGCAGUGCCUCUCCACAGAAUGCCUACUGCAAUCGCAUCGUGCUUCUCAGUUUUGAAACCGGGAGGCCUACUUUUAUUCCGGGAUUAUGGGCUCUACGACAUGACCAUGCUUCGGUUUGGGCCAGAUAAAAAGCUGGGAUUCAGAGAGUAUUUGCGAUCUGACGGGACCCAUUCAUACUACUUUUGUUUGGAAACAGCAAGGGAUCUUUUCACUAGGGCCGGAUUCGACGAGGUUGAGCUUGAAUAUUGUUGCAUUAAGUCUGUGAAUCGUCGAAAUUGCAAGACCAUGAAGAGAGUAUGGAUUCAUGGAAAGUUCCAGAAACCCAAGUGAUCGAUAUAGACCAUUUUAUUAAAAAUCGAUCGUAACUACUGAGAUUCCAUCUAACUUGACGAGCCCAUGCCCCGAUUGAAGGGUGCAACUGAUAUCUUCAUGUUUGUAUUACAAGUAGUUUUAGUCAUGCCUUUUAGCUUAACCAAUUCUCCAUUCACUUUUCAAGCAUGAUGAACUCUGUUCAUAAACAUAUUUUUAAAGUAGGUAUGUCCUUGUCUUAGUACAGUGGAAGAUCUUAUUAAGUAUCUAGGACAGUUUUGCCCAAUUUGAAACACUUUUUGUUUCUGUAUCCAAAUACAACUAAGAAACUUAUAAUAUUUUUUUAAAUUUGUUUGACCAUGUUUUAUUAGUGAA